AAUUUUCAUUGAUCCAUAGCAUAUAUUAAUAUGAAGUUAUUCCUUAAAAUUGAAAAUAAAGCAUUUUAUACACAUACAAUGACAUUUGACAUUUUCAGACCAUGAUAAAUACGCGUUUUGACAAGUGAUAAUUGACAUUCUCUGUCAUUUGAUAUUGUGGCGUUACUCGUUGUCACAUUUGCAAAACAAGAUGGAAGCUAUAGCGUUAUUAAAUAAAAUGUUAAAUUGAUUCAGAAAUAAAGAUUAGUUUUUAACUUCAAAGUAGUUUUUAGUAUAUUGUGUAAUGCUAAAAUAUGUGGAAUAGGAAGUGGAGUGUACAAGAAGCCUAAUAGACGGUUAUCAAGAUCGAUAAACAAACAAGUGUAAUUGAUUAAAUAUUAAAUACCUCGCCUAGAGAAGCGUGAGAACGUGCUUCUGAUCUUGUUUUUAUUUUCUUAUAGAUUAACCUAAAAUGGCAAAUACUGUAGUAAAAGUUUCUGAUAUCAAGGAUGAGGAAUUGGAUGAUAGUUUACUUUUACUUGUUGGUGAGGAUGGUACUGUAACACCGGAUCAAGAUACUGUUGAAACAUAUCUAAAACAAAGGAAUGGUCCAACGAAUUUACAAAUUUUGAAAUUCAAUAGAUCUGAAAUGCAAGGUAUCGACAUUACAGUGGAUACUGUUACUUAUGUACCAGAUGUUGUUAAUGAAGAGAUAGUAAAAACUGACCUGGAAGAAGUUGAAAAUCGUCUUCAUAGCAUUAGAUUGGAUCAUGACUAUUAUAUUAAGUCAACUGAUGUGACAAAUUCGUCAAUCCUACUUAAGGAAGAUGACGAGCUAGCUAGGACGCUUAGUAUACUUGAUGGUCCAGAACAAGCACAUAUAUCGGCAUUGAAUGUCACUGAACCACCUCCUUUAGUAAUGACGACAUCAAAAACUAAACCAAAGGUUAAUUUGAUACAAUCUAUAACAAUUAAUCCUCCGAGUACUGGUAAUAAAGCAAAUUCAUCUGGUCCUCCUGUACUAACACCUGAAGUUCCGCUUCCUACGUUAACUAAAAUUGAUAACAAAUCUUCAGCGUUAAGGGAAAGACAAGAGAAAUUGAGUAAUUCCAAUAAAGAGAAGAAUGAUGAGGAAACAAUGGAAGCUGAACCACCUCCCAGACUCUCCCCCAACUUAAUUCCUAAAGCCAAAAUGAAAACGGUUAAAACAAUCAAAACAUUAAAACCUAAAAUUACGAAACCUAAAGAAGUAGUUCAACAGGAGAGUACAGAUGAAGAUGGUGAUGACUAUUUAGAUGUCGAAUUAGAUACAUUAUUGGAAGAAAAUAGUGAUGAUUCUGACUUUGAUAUCGAGCAUGAGAAAAAAAUAAAAGCGGCUGCAAAAAGAAUUAAUAAGAGAUUCAAACAACUCGAUUCAAAGUCGACGCCGAUAAAAACACCAAGAAAAAGAAAUAAGAACAAAGAACAAAAAGAAAUAAGAGCAACAGAAUUGUUGGAAGAAACCUUGAAACAGAAAAAAGAAGAAGCUAAAGUAGAAACGAAAGAAAUAGACAAAUUAGUAGAAAAAGAGAAGCAAGAAACAGAGGUAAAACCUCCAGAAAAGAAACCUGCAAAAAGAGAAAAGAGAACACCGAAACCGAUACCUGAUGAUUUUGCUUUAUUUUCUACACCAGAUAUUAUUAGACGAGUAGGUGGUAAGGAUCCAGCUACUCCGACAACACCUGAUACUCCUAAUAAACCAGCGAAAAUUGGUUUUCAAGAAUCGAGAAAAUCUGUAGAAAAUCCGCAGUCUGUUGUUAAAAAUAGAUUGAGUGUUGAUUCUAAUGAAAAAGAGAAGGAAAAGGACAAAGAUAAAAUAACAAAUAAGGUUAAAGAGGCAGACAAAAAUAAGGAUACUAAAGAAAGGCGAAUCAGUCAAGGAGAAGUAAAAGCAAAACGAUUAAGCGUCGACGAUAAGACAAAACCCAAAGAUAUCAAACCUGAAAGGAGGAUAUCAGAUGCGAAGAAGACCGAAAAAUCACUAAAGUCCUCAAAGCUCCUUGAUGCAUCUGCCGGUUACGGGGAAAUGGCAACAGUGGAAGAUAUUAGAGCUAUUAUUUUAAGUGAAGAUACUAAGACGUUUACGAUAGAUCCAAAUAUACAUAAUACUGUUAAUCAAAGCCUAGAUUCCAGUAACAUUAAUUUGGAUACUACUGGGUUAGAUUUGGAUCCAGCUCUAUUGGAAAAUUUGAACAAUGACGAAAUUUCUGAAGAUAUUCUUUAUCAAGUCGCUCAGUCAUUGGUAUCUAAUCCAGAGCUACAAAAUGCUAUAGAAAAAGGGAUCAAUGAGGGUGUUUUAGAUCCCAUGGCAGUUGAUAAUGUUAAUGUUAGGGAAGCUAAUGUUUCAGAACCAACUACAAACGAUAGAAUUAUACAAGGGGCAACACAAAUAGUAAGACCUGAUGGUAGAGUCAUCAUCAUACCACCAGUAGAGAGGCCUACGACCCGAAGCCGAAAUAAAAAACCUCCAGUUGAGGAGGUUAAACCUCCCAAACCGGUUCACAAGCCUCUGGACGAAGAACACGUGUCCGGUAAUGAACUUGACAGUUCCAAUGAUGAAGAAGAAGAAUCUGAAGAUGACCCCAACAAACUAUGGUGUAUAUGUAACCAACCACAUAAUAAUCGUUUUAUGAUUUGUUGUGAUACUUGUGAAGAAUGGUAUCAUGGAAAAUGUGUCAAUAUUACAAAAGCUAUGGGACAACAAAUGGAAGCAGAAGGGAGAGAAUGGAUUUGCCUGUUUUGUAAGGAUCCUAAACUAAAAAGGCCACAGGCAGCAGCUAGAAGAAUCCGAAAAGCUUCCAGAAAUUCUAGGACGUCUACAGAGAGUACUGGUAGUUUUGCCAAAAAGGCAGAAGGAGCAGUGAGUGCUAUUCCUUGCGUGGUUUGUCAAAAACCUGCAAGGUCAAAUUCAAUUUAUUGUAGUGAAAAUUGCAUUUUGACGCACGCUCAAGGAAUCGAAAGGGUAGUGGUGUUCGAAAGAGCAACUGGUAAAAUGUUGACUGGAAACAAAGCUCCAAGUGCAGCGAACCUCGAUCAGUGGUUAAAGGAACAUCCUGGUUAUGAAGUUGUUAGAUCGGGAGGAAAAGUAGUCACAGCCAAAUCUGGAAAUUUAUCACAAACCAAACUUAAAUUAGUGAAGAAUAGUAACAACCAAGGAGUCUCUUUAGCUGUGCAGAAAAAAGGUGGAAUUAACGUGGGGGUUAUGAAACAUUCACCAAAACAUCAACAACAGCAGUUGGAACAGCAGCAACUUCAACAUCAGCAAGUUAAAUCAGCACUUAAAGCUUCUCUAAUAGGAGCUAAACAAACUGCUAACAAAGUACAAGCAUCUCCUAAAGAAUCACCAAAAUUAAAAUCAUCCUCAGAUCAACUGAAAAGUCCUACAACUGUAACACCACAAAAACCGAAAUUGCUACAAACAAAAUUGAAGCAACCCCAAGGUAGUACUGAGAAAAAACCUAAAUCUACUCCUGUUAGUACUGUGGGAAUGAAGGAGAAGUUAGCAGCAAUUGUAGCGGACAAAUCUCCAACAACAAUAAAAGAAAAAUCAUCACCGACAAUGAAAGAAAAAAGUACUGUAGUGCCUAAAGAAAAACCUGUGGUGAACAAAGAUCGGACCCCUAGUGUAGGUACUAAAGAAAAAACUGCUGUAAAGACGCCCAAGCAAAGAAAGGAUAGUGUAAAAGAUAAAGAAGAAACGACGCCACAAAAACCAGCAGAAAACAUUAGAGAGACAGUAAAAAACACAGUUUGCGAACAAUUAAUCAAUCGUUUGAAGGGAGUCGAUGAUUUAAAACUAACAGAUGAUGAAGUGAAGUCUAUGUCAACUGAAAUAGAAUCACAACUAUACAAAUGUUUCGGUGAUACAGGUCAAAAAUACAGAACUAAAUAUAGAAGUUUGAUUUUCAAUAUAAAAGAUGUAAAGAAUCAAACUUUGUGGAGGCGGAUUUGUGAAAAAAAUAUAAGUCCAUAUGAAUUGGUGAGAUUAUCGACAGAUGAUAUGGCAAAUCAGGAACUUGCGCAGUGGAGAGAAAAGGAGGCUAAACACCAACUGGAUAUGAUUAAAAAAUCCGAAUUGGAAUUAUUGAAUUGUAACCGUCAGUAUGUUUUGAAAACGCACAAAGGUGAGCAAGUAGUAGAAGACGACAUCGGUAACAAGGUAGAUAACACAGAAAUGAUUAAAAGUCUAACAGAAGGUUCCGCUUUGGAUUCCGGUGAUUCCAAAGGGGAAAAUUCGAAGGAACGCGACAAAAAAGGGAGUUCCAAACACGGUCAUAGGGAUAGAGAAAGGAAAAUCGGUAGAGAUAAAGACUAUGGAGGACAUAGAAUAUCGAGUAGAGACCGAGAUAGAGACAAAGAUAGGAGUAGAAAAAGGUCGAGAAGUAGAGAUAGAAAGCGCGGCGAUCGAAAGAAACGGUCCAGAUCAAAAGAUAGGGAUAGAAGUAGACAUAGAAAAUCAUCUCAUAAAUCAUCAAGGCAUAAGAGAGAUAUAAUUUCUUCAACUGAUAAAUUAGAUAAAAAAUCCAAAGAAAUUCUCGAACAGUUGGUGGAUAAUAAAAUUGUCCCGCCAUUAGAAGAUAGAUUAUGGAAACAUGUGCCCCAAGAAGAUAUAGUUCCAGGUAAGGCCAUGGAAAGUGAUAGUGAUCACGAACCUUCCUCAACAGUAACCAUCCCAACCCCUCCAAGAGUAUCUGAAAACGAAGAUGAAAAGAAUCAACCAAUAUCGCCUGAAAAGGAGAAAGAAAUCUAUUUUACUGUUAGAAGUACAUCGCCUCCACUUCCUUCAAAACCUACAGAGAUAUGGAGGGGUGUUAUUAAUAUGGUGGACGUUGCUCAAAUAUCUAUAACCGCCCAUGAAGUUUCAGGAGAUUGCAGUGGCUUAAAUAAUGAAUUGACUACCAAUCUCGAUAUAGUAGGUAGGAUAUCUCCAGAAACAGUAUGGGAUUAUAUAGGCAAGAUGAAAUGUUCUGUUAGUAAAAGCAUCUCCUUAAUCCGAUUAAAUGCUACAAAUAUUGAAGAAAAAAUGCCGUACCUGGCUUUGUAUAGCUAUCUUAGUAGCAGAGACAGAUUAGGAGUAGUGAAGAGUUUGAAUAAGGCGGUUAAAGAUUUUUACAUAUAUCCUCUCGCUCCACAAAAGCCUAUACCACAAGUUUUACUGCCCAUUAGCGGACCAGGUUUUGAAGAAUCAAGGCCUGCUCUUUUAUUAGGAAUUAUAGUUAGAGAUAAACGGAAACGUCCUUAUAUAGAUUCCAUACCUGUAACCAAUGUAUCUACUUCAAAGAAGUCAAGAAUAAGCACACCUCCUCUCCCGAUUGCUCCACCCCCAACAGCUCCUCCACCGCCUCCACUGCCAACUCGAUCUUAUACACCACCUCCUGUCAAAGAUCCGAGAUUAAUAAAUAAAUCUUCUACUGUCGCAUCUCCGGCGAUACCUACUGUUGUUCCAAUUACUGUCCCUCCCCCGUCAUUGUCUAUUCCUAUAACAAUCCCUCCUCCUAUAAUUUCUAUGACAGUACCUCCACCUACGCUAGCACCAGCAGCUUCAGCUGUACCAGAAGGACCAACCACUACGCCUCCUCUGCUUACAGAUGAAGGAGAUGAACCGUAUAGUCCAGGAGAUUCUUCAGGCUCUGAUGUUGUUGCAUCUACUCCACCCCUAAAACUGUCUUCAGGUAGGGAACUGUCUCCUACUCAUUAUCCUGAAAUACCUGGGCUCACCAUGGGAUUCCCCUCAAGCUCACUAGAUGUUCAAAGGCAAAUCGAAGAAUUGAAUUUAAAAAUUGAAAAACAGAAAUCUGAAAUUACCAGUAUGACGAAAAACAUUGUAUCUGCCGGCAUAACACAAAACAUUGUAUCGGCUAAUAUAUCGCCAAACAUAGCAGCAGCAUCUUCCGAAAUUGGCACUUCUGCAUUAGCCAACAUUGCAUUGCCGACAAAUCUUCAGCAAAUAUUGGAUAGCAUCAAAUCAAUAGGAGAUACAACUGAAUCACCAAGUAUGCCUAAAGAUACCGCACAAACUGAUCUAACUAUUCCUUUGAUGAUCCCAAAAAGUUUUAGUCGACCUUUAAGUAACAGUAGCACGCCGAUACAAAAUCCUCUACAAAAAUCUAUGAUAAAUACACCCAGUGACACGAUACCUUUGAAACUCCCCAGCAAACCUCUUAUCAAACCAUCAUCAGUUAAUUCACCUUUGCUAGACGAUAAACCGAGCGUUUUGAGUUCCUUAAGCGAAGAAGAAUUAAUAAAGAAAGCUGCCGAGAUGCUAGGAGAAACCGAGGGUACUAAAAGAAGAGACACUUCGACACCACUAACCUCGUUAAACAAAAGACUUAAAACAGAAGUUUGCUUACCACCUGUACCGGGUCUAGAAGAUGAAACAUAGGGGGUGUAAUACAGUGAAGAAAUAUAUGGUUAACGACGUAAUGGUUCAAUAUUUUCCAGGAACGAGUAAGUGAAGUAAUGUAAUGAUUCACGAGAAAAAGAAUUGAGAAAAGUGUAAAUAUGUGAAAAUAUCAAAUUUAAUCAAAAAGUUGGAUUGUCAAGAGGUGUAGGGUGUGAUAGUUUCUGAAAAAAGUAUAUAUUAAUUUAUUUUAUAGUUUUCGUUGAAUUUCCACUGAUAAAAUUAUUUAUUUUUAUUGAGAAAAUUUUUCUUUCUGUCUAUAUAAAAUAAUGAAAAAAAAUAACGACCAUACAUGAAGAUAAAAUAAAUUUAUUUCAUAGGAAGAAGAUCAAGUUGAUAAAAAUUUACUCUAACCAUUAUUAGGUUUGACUAUAACAGGUGACUUUAUUAUUAUAGUUAAUUGCCCGCCAUAAAAUACUUCAUUCAGCCAAUUUUUAGUUUUUCUUGUCUUCUACUACCUUCUGGUCCCCACUGCAGCAAUUAAUAACUUUAAUCUUUGUCUUUACUCUUGUCGUCAAUUUACUUGGCAAUAGAAUUGUUAUCAUUUUUUGUUCCAACAUUCUUAGUUUGUCCUUUGUUUUUGUUACUAUUAUCAUCCCAUCACCAUCAUCACAGGUCUUGGUGGUGUAGAUAUUGUUUUAUAUCUACAAAUGAUAAAUCAUAUACUGUAUGUCCAUGUCGGCUGUAUUUUUAGCUAAAGCUAAAUCAUUUCCAGGAAAAUAUUAGGUAUGUUGGCCUGAUUUGACAGGCCAAUCAAAAAGUGUCUCAGCUGCUAGACGAAAGAAAGUCUGUGUAAAAUAUAUAACUCAACAGAUCUAUGCCAUACUCUCUGCUCCAUAAAUCAUUAUGGAUUUAUAUAAUGUCGUUUUAUUUACAUAUGAUACAAUUAAUUUACCCUAGACCCGUUUCAGGUAAAUCCUGUGUCACUUGAAUGGUUUUGUCAUCAAUACAGGUCUUAUUUGUGUUGUAAAUAUUGGUUUUUUUAUCUACAAAAGAUAAAUCAUUUACUCUAGACCCAUGUCGACUAACUUGAAGCACUCAAAUUUAAGGUUUUAAGGAUGCCACAAUAAGUAAACACUCACUCACUUGCUUUCUUUAUCAGCCUCUAUAUCACAUAAUAAUAUAUUAGUACAUAUAUCACAGAAAUAUAGAUAUUAAUUAUUUUUAUGUUACAUUUAACUUCUAUAUUAUGUAUAAUAAUUUUUACAGAUCCUUUAUUGAUUUAAUUACUCAGUUUUUAUCAAAUUAUUCAUUUCAGUUGCAUCUAUUUUAGUAUCACUCUUUUUUUAUCAAAAUGUCAUGUUAUUCGCCAACUCUAGAAUUCCUUACAUUCAUUCUUAUCUUGAUUCGUUUUUCCCUAAGGGGUAUUCUGGACUAGAAACCUAUAUUUUAAGCAUUUUUGAAACUAACAUAGAAAAAAUGAAAAACAUUUCCACUAUCCAUUUUUUAUAUGAUAUUCAUUGACUUUUUAAGAAUAUAAAAAAAAUUGUAAAAAAAAUCAGAAUUUCAAUAAAUUACAGGUAAAGUGGGGGCUACAAAAAAAAUGGUGCGCCCUGGUUGACAUGAUUCCAGCUCUUGUCUGGAACAAAAACAUUUGGAAAAUUCUUUUGACUUUAACAAAAAAAAAUUCACAAAAUGGCGUCGACAUGAAAUGUUGAAAUUUUCCAAAAUCCAAGGUUGACGCGAUAGAGAGAUAUAUAAAAAAGAUUUCCAUCAAAUUUUAAAGGAAUCGGUUGUAUAGAACUUAAGAUAUCAUGUCAACCACUUCAAAAAAAGUAGUUUCGAGACGCUACGUUACAAAAUCUACUGUAUUUCCGGAAAUAAUGCGAUUUUUUAAAAAUCGGUUUAAGGACAUAUUCUUAAGGGUCUAAGCUGUGAAAAUAUGCAAAAAAAUCGAUUUUCUAGACCAAAAUACCCCCUUAACACUCAGUUAUUGACGUAAUUUUUUUUAAUCAUUUACCAUAUCGAUUUACUGCUGUUUUUCUUAUAUUUAAUAGUUCCUUAUCAAAUCUUUUAUGUAGUUCGUCGAUUUAGAAUUAUUUUAUUUAUCUGCUUCAUAUUAACCGUCCUAUGGUUUUCUUCUAAUGUUUUAAUCUUUAAUUUAGAAUUUUUUACUCCCACUUUACUUAUAUAUUUAAUAUUUUCCUUUUUUAAAAUUACUAAUGUACAUUGUACACUUAUUGUUCACUUAUUUUAAAGAUUUUCAUUGUUUUGCAUUUUCUGUACCGUUGUUUGCAAAUUUGAUUUUUUUAUAUAUGAUUGACAAUUAAUCAUCAAAUGAAAAUUGUUAGAGUAGAUCUGCAAUAUCUUCUACACUGCCCGGCAAAAUUAAUGAAUAUUUUAGGAAGCAAAGAAUUACCGUUUGAUUAAAAGGACCGAUAGGUUUAUUUUGAAUGCAUUUUUGUAAUUUGAAACAUGUUAAAAGCAUUUUUUUAAUAAAAAAGGACAAUUUAACAAAAUUUUAUAUAUUAUAUUAAUACUCAUUUUAAUAGUUUGUUUUGCCCACCAUUGGUUUGAAUCUUCAAUGCAUAUUUCUAAUUGCAUCUGAACCUAUAUUUCUUCAAACCUUAACGAGAAUUCACUCAAAUGUCCAAUUGAAAGCAGCAAGGCUCUAUUACUACAAACAGUUUUGUCUCAUUAGUAUUCAACGAGGUUUAGAUCAGGACUUUUUACAGUCCAAGCUAGAAUUGUAAUUUCCACUUCCUUGAGGUAAUUUUGUAUUACUAUAGCCGCGUUUCGGGCAUGUAUUAUCAAUAAUUGAUAACCUGUACAUUUGUUGCCACUUGUGGUGCUAAAGUCUGUUAUGUAUCGCUCGGCUAAACCAACUAAGUACUCUGUAGCUAACAAUGUUGUAUACAGAGUAUCGUUCACCGGGACUUCGAUAGGAUCCUGCAGUAGUAGCAACUAAAAUGACAAAAUCGUUUGUCAUCACCUAAUAAAAUAUUUGCUCUCCUUAUUGUUGAUGGUUGCGCACAAACUGAAGAUUAUGCCUUUGGUGGUCUUGGGUUAUAAGUUACAACUCAAUACGAACACUUCUUGCACUGAUUGAAGGAAAAAUUCUUGCUGCAGUGUUUGGGAAAAUCUAGAUUUUUUCGUUAUCGUUUCUGUCUUACCUCUUAAAAUCGUGUCGUUCUGCUGGAAUACAGUAGAUUGUAUUAAUUCAAAUAUUAGUGUCACUUGAACUUCCUGGAUAAGUGCAAUGGCAGUACCAUAUUCCUCGACAGAAAAAUGUCUAUUGAUAAUGUUGUUUUGGAUCAUUUUUACUUGAAAGAAUAUUGUCAAAAAUGCUUUUUUUUACUACUCCAUUGUUGUUUUCAAUUUGAAAAGUAGGUGUUAAUUUUGCAGCACAGUGUAUUUAUAUUCUGAAAAUUAAUUCAACUUUAUAAAAAAUCGUAUGUUUUAAUUUUCCUUACCCAAAUAUACAUUGAAUUUGUAACUGGGAUUAAUUGUUUUUCAGUUUUUUUUUUCUAUUAUAUUUCAUAAUAAUUGUUUUUAUAAUUCUAGCUUUAAAAAAUGUUCAAAAUAUCUGUCAUAUUCAUUAAAAAUAUUGAUAAUUUUGAGAUGAGUAUUUUUAAGUGAAGAAUAAGCAAUUAUAAGUAGAGGAAGUUGUUUAUUAAAAUUUUUUCUCACUUACAUGAUAAUUACCGUUUACAUUGUACAAACUUCAAAUUCAGUCGUGCUAAGAUCUACGUCAACUGGAAAAUAUUUUUGUUGAUAAUUCAAAAAAAUGGUAGAAUUAAAUUAGUAGAAAAUAUUUUUUUACGUUUAUUUGAAAUACUUAACAAUUUGUAGUUGAAUUGUUUUAAUAUCUUAUAUCAACCUAACCUAACCUCACUCUAUUUUGGACAUUAAAUUUUUAAACACGUUCACUGCCGAACAUAAGAUGUUAGAUAUAUAAUAGAGAAAAUAGUUUAGAAAUUGAUAAUUCCUCAGAUUUAUCAGCUCAUUGACAACUUUGGAUCAUGAACGUCUUCUUUAAGAAAUUUUAAUUUUUCUUUAUCAUUAAAUUUUAACUCUACGUUUUGAAUUGAUAUUCAAAAGUGUCGUUUAUAUUCAUGAUCUAACAAGUCAGUUUUACAUCUAUAGUUGGAAUAUUCCUCUCUAGUAUAUUGAAUUACAUUCCAGACUUCAUUUUUAAUACACAAGGUGUCCAAAAAGUUUGGAGGUUAAAUAAAAUGAAUAAAAAAAUAAGGUUUUUAUAUUAAACUCAAUCCUUUCUCUUUAUUUGUUUCCACAAUAAUAGUCUAAUGAAUUGGGGUCAGCCAUUUAAUAUAACCUCUUCGAGAAAUCACUUUAUUGGGAAUAAUUUUUUUACCGUUCUAAUUACCUGUAAUUUCGCAGAGUCUUAGAAUCGUUUUUGAAAAAGAAAUAGGUAUUUGAUUUUUUUUCAAAUAUUUGCUUCUUUAAAGAAUAAUAAUCAAAUCUGUCUUGUAGAGUUAUAACUCUGAAUAAAUAAUUUUUCAUUUUUAACUAUUUAUUUUUUUGUAUGAAAUUAUUGGUAUCAUUAAAUUAUCCUCCCUAUUGAAAGAGAAAAUUAUUUCACGAUAUUUUAUAAAAUAAAUUGUUUGAAAUUAGUUACGUUUAAUUAUUUUUCAAUAUAUGGGGUAUUCAUGAAAAAUUGUUAACUUGAACAGUUUUCAAAUUUGAUGGAUUUCAUUCCAGUAAAGAUUCCAUUAAUUAUUAAGCUGAUUUCUUCAAAUAAGAUAUUUGGGUCCACCAAAUCUUAUCCGUAAUUUUGAACUAAGCUUUUUCAAAAUUUUUGUUUGUUUCGUUUCUUCCACAAUAGAACUCAUUAGAAUAUGAAAUCCAUUUCUCCUAAGACUUAUUAUUGUUGUGGGUCUAUUAUAGUAUGAGUCGUGUGUUGAAUAAAAUGAUGGAAGUCUAAAAAUGAAACAACUUGGUUCCAAUGAUAAUAACAUAUUACUCCUACUCCCUGCUGUUGUGUCCUUAUUAGAAUACUAUUGUUUGAAUGAUGCAAUAAGAAUUGAUAUAAGUUAGUAACUUUUCAAGAUUGUUGUAGUUGUUUGGAAUGUUAUACCUCUUCUGUAAUUUCUGAUUAAUCCAUUUCAUCAGACUUUUUAUAGCCUUCUUAAUGUAGCUCAUAAGCAUUUUACUUGUAUGUAUAAUUGUGGAUAUUAUGAUGUGGUUCAUGGUGUCCUCAAUUGUUGCUGGGUAAAAUUUAUGGAAGCAACUGAAAACUUUGACACUUUGGUGUCACUGUAAAAUAUUGCACCUACUUUCUGGUAUGGUAUCCAUAUGUGAAUACCGUUUUAGUGGUAAAAUUGAUUUAAUGGUAUUAAAACUUUUCACUUGAAAUAUUGUUGGAGAAAUUUUAACCGACAUAUAUUCUCUGAUUGUGCUUUUUUGUUUACUCCUAUGUUAAUAUGUCUUCUUUACUUGGUCUAUUAUUUAUAAUAGUUCUAUAUCUGUCAUUAUGUGGUGGUUAAUAAUGUUGAAUAACUUGCUUCCACUGGCAGUAUACUGCUUUUUUUCCUGGUGUAUUAUCCCUAUACUCUUUUGAAUGCGUCUGAAGAAAUUUUGUAAUUCAAGUUUUAUAAACUUGAAAAUCAGAAUAAUAUUGAGUCUUGCUGUUUUAUGUCUAAUUCAAGAAGUUUGUAAGAGUGGUUUGAAUGAAUUUUUCUUUUAAAUAAUUACGCAAAACAUUUUGUAACUAUAUAGGCCAAAAAAAUGAGUUUCUGAAUUUUUUAUAUGAGUUACUAACAUCUGUUGAAUUUUUUUUUAAAUAAUCCUCAAAUAGGAGCGCAAAAAAUUGAGUUUUUGAAAAACGAUACAAGUUGUAGAUCUUUUAAUUUUAUAGAAAAAUGGCCCUCUGAAUGAUGUGAUAUAUACUGACUAGAUAUUAAGGGAUGAUAAUCAUAGCUUUAUAUAAUUAUAUAAAUACAUUUAUAGUACGAAAUAUUAAACCGCGUCAAUAACAUAAAUAAGACCUGGUAAAAAGUCUAUAAAAAUUUAAAAAUCCCUAUUGACAAUUUGCGCAAUUUUUGUAACUAAUAAAUUUCGAGAAAUGAGCUUCAAUAAAUGUACAGCAAAAGCACGAAAUCUAUGCUUUUCAAUAUCCUCCCACCCCCCAUUUUAUAUUUGUUCACUACCAUGUCAUAUCAAAGCAUGUUUUUGUUGAUGCGACUUUGCCCACGUCUUUAUUAAGUUCCAUUGCUCCAGAAACUAGUAAAAGUAAUGAAACUUUUUGUUCCAUGAAGUUCAGUGAUUAUAAAUGCUAGUAACAGUAAAAAAUUUCCAUUUUAAGAUAAAAAAUGACAUUUUAAAUUAUUUUAACUUUGUUAUAAAAACUUAAAAAAUACUACCUCAAAUUAAAAUUCAUGAUUUUAUAAAUAAGUAUGAAUGUUUUUAGAAAACACAACUAUUCCCUUAGGUUUGGCCACCGUAACUCUAUAUAUGAAUAAAACUAUAAAGGAUCAUUUUUAUGUAAAAUUAAAAUAUCUACAACUUUGAUUUGAAAUUUUUUCUACUUAUACUUAAAAAGAAUUCUAUUAAAUUUUCCCACCACUUUUCGAGGGAUUAUUCCAUAAAAUUCUUGAUUUCGGAGUAACUUAUACUAAAAAUUUAGGAACUUAUCCAGCAAUAUUGAAUAUCUAAUUAUUAUAUCAAUAUAUAAUUUGAUUAUUAGCAUUUCUGUGUAUUGUCAGAUCAAGUCAUCGAAACCUUGAAAAUGUGGCAGUUAGCUGUGUGAUUUGAAUAUAAAUGCUUAAUAGGAUUGUGAUUCACUGAGGUCUGAAAGAUCUAUUAUCUCUGAAACUAGUAUUUCUUUUAUUCCUGAUCCUUCAAUACAUUUUAGGACAUCCACCGGCUUCAAUUUGGCCAAAUAUUUCUAUGUGUUGAGCCCUAAGAUUUUGUAGUGCCUUACAUUCAGCAAGUUUGUGGAUAGAUGUUUUCUUUCCUAUCCCAUAUAAUUUACAGUCGUCUUUUUCCACUAGUUCAAGCUUUUUGAGGUGUCCAUUCACCCUAGCUUUUUAACUUUAGGGAUCUUUAGAAAAAGAUACGGAUCCUCAAAUGAAACGAUGCUAAAUAAUCAGAUGACUGUUUAAAAGAAAAUGUUCUACUGGUUAGUAUGUUGUUAAAAUUUUGCAUUGUAGGGAAACACAAAUAUUAUAAAUAUUACACGAAUGUAAGUAUAUAAAAAAUUUGCUUAGAACCCCUUCAAAAUUAUCAGUGUUUUAUGUGGAUUAUUUGUAUAUAUAAAUGUAUAAUUUUUGUACAGAUUUAGAUUUAGCAAAAAAGUAGAUUAGAGAUACUUUAGUACUUUGUAAAAAAAAUUAAAAUAGAAUUAACUUUCUAUAGUCCUUAAUUGUAUCAAUUAUAUAUUUCACACAAUUUUUGAAGAGAUAAGUACUGUUUUUAUGCAAUGUAUCUGUUUUUAUGUAAUAUAAUUGUUCAAAAGCUGUUUAAGAAGAAUAAAAACUGCAUUUCUA